UAUAACUCCUAGAAGGAAUACACACACUCUUUUGCUACGGUGUCAGAUUGGUUUAAUCAUAAAUUGUAAAAGUUAUUUUCUCUAAAAGGAAUAAGCUGUAAAAGAAAUGAAAGCGUGGCGAGAUCUGUUUCUUUACUUUCUGGUGUUGAACGUAGCUGUGCAGUAUGUGACGUCUUUGGAAGAAGAGCUCACCGAUUCUAUUUUUGGUAACUUCCUCGACCCUCUGAACAACCUGUUUGACCAUAAGGAUGACGGCAAUCAAACAUUUGCCAAGUUCUCCCUCCGCAAGCCAUCCCAUCCUGAUGAUGACCUGUGCUACAUCAUUCAUGGCAAGCCUGAUUCCCUGACAGCCUGCACCUUCAACACCACCUCUAAAACCUUCCUUGUAAUCCAUGGCUGGACAUUGAGCGGUAUGUUUGAAAGCUGGGUGGCUAAACUGGUAUCAGCGCUAUAUGAGAGAGAGCAGACAGCCAACGUCAUCGUGGUGGACUGGCUCAACUCAGCCCAGAAUCACUAUGUGGUCGCAGCCCAGAACACCAAGGCAGUGGGACAGGAGAUUGCUCGCUUCAUUGACUGGAUUGAGGAAACCACCAACAUGCCUCUUGAUAACAUCCAUCUGAUUGGCUACAGCCUUGGAGCUCACGUGGCGGGAUUCGCUGGCAGCCAUGCAACCAAUAAAGUUGGACGAAUAACAGGUCUGGACCCAGCUGGUCCGGACUUUGAAGGUGAGCACGCCCACAGGCGCCUUUCCCCAGACGAUGCUCACUUUGUGGACGUCCUCCACACCUUCACGCGGGGCUCCUUGGGUCUCAGCAUUGGGAUCCAGCAGCCUGUAGGCCACGUAGAUAUUUACCCCAAUGGAGGCAGCUUCCAGCCGGGCUGCAAUCUCAGGGGGGCCCUGGAGAAGAUCGCCAACCUUGGGAUAUUUGCCAUUACUGAUGCAGUAAAGUGUGAACACGAGCGUUCGAUCCACUUGUUCAUUGACUCUCUGCUGAACGAGCAGGAAGCCGUGAAGGCGUACCGGUGCGGCAGCAAUGACAUGUUUGACCGGGGCAUGUGCCUCAGCUGCCACAAAAGCCGCUGCAAUACGGUGGGCUAUGACAUCAGCAAGGUCCGCAAGGCGCGCAACGUUCAGAUGUACACCAAGACACGAGCCUCCAUGCCUUUCAGAGUGUACCAUUAUCAGCUGAAGAUCCACUUCUCCAGCAAGGUGAACCGUUCAGAGAUGGAGCCCUCGCUGACCGUCUCACUGUACGGGACCAAAGGAGAGGCUGAAAACCUGGAGCUUAAACUAAAGGAGAAAAUAGCCACAAAUAAGACACAUUCAUUCCUGCUGGUGACGGAGAAGGAUAUCGGGGAACUCUUGAUGUUGAAGUUUAAAUGGGAGGAAUCAAAGGACUGGUCGACCUCCAACAUGUUGAAGAUGGUUUCUUCUUGGUGGUCCGGGGACUCAGACAGUGCUAACAUGGAAGUUCACAAAAUCCGCAUCCGAGCCGGCGAGACCCAGAAAAAGGUGGUGUUCUGCGUAAAAGACCCUGAUACUCAGAAUUUGACACAGGAGGUCACAUUUGUUAAAUGUAAGGCUGCAUGGAAGACCACUGCAAAACCACCCCCUAAAAGAGUACCUCUGGAGGAGCACUGACCAUGAGGAAAAGACCCCCACAGUUUAACUCCUGUCUGUCCAUUUCAGCACUUCAAAACAGCACUAAUUUAUACACCUGUAACUUAUUGUAUUUCUCAAAUUACAAAAAAACCCUUCACCACCUUAUAUGUAUGUGAAGUAUGUGUUUUAUUUAAAGCAAAACGUAUGUAAAUGACUGUAUAUUUUGUAAAGAGUUAUUUUUACUACAUGUAACUGUAACUUCAUUGUCGUACAAAAUGAAAGUAAAUUCUUUAGUGUCCAAACAGUUGGAUAACACUCAAAGUUGUCAUACUGAGAGGAUAUAACGUAAUAGUUCUGGAGAUAGUGAUGUCAGAUUGUGUAAAAAAAUGUCAUAUUUAUAACAAACACUGUGAAAAAUAAUGUACUCUGUGUGUCCAUGGUGUCCUGUAGACUGUUGUUACCAUGCCACUUCUCAAAGAGAGGUGGGUUUUACAUAUUAAGCUCUUCUAUGCAAUAGGGUGCAGUUUAUUAAACUUUAUGCACAGUAUUAUCUGACUAAUGCUUAACCUAACAGAGCAUUCACCACUGUGGCUCUCAGCACAACAACAUGUGACUGUGGGACCUGUAUCAGUGUGCCUUACUGUAAACAUUCGCCAGCAGCAAGCUGUCAUAAAUCAAACUUAUCUUAACCUUU